AUGCUUUUCCUAAAGAGGAGGUUUUCCCAAGCGGGCAAGUCUACCCUUGACUUGAAGAAGUUAGUGCUGUACCAGGAUGACGACUACCUCGUGGUGGACAAGGCCUACGGAGUGUCCACCUUCGGGCGAGCCCCCCAAAAGGAGAGCAUAAUCAAAAGCCUGCAGGGGCUAAACCUAGACGAGCAUGAAAGCGCAAAUGUUUUGUACAAGCUGCAUAACCAUGUGGGGGGGUGCCUACUGAUCUGCAAAAAUAAAUUCAUAAAAAAUCACACCUAUGGGAAUACCUUCCUAGCAUUAGUCUACGGUCACGUGCAGAACGGACAGAAUGUAAAGGUCAAGUUAGGUCUCAAGUAUCUGCCCAAUUCGAGAAUAAUGAUCCCAUCAAACAGUCAGGAUCAUUUGAGAGACCUGAAGACGAUUAACUAUGACGUGAUAAGUAACACCAUUUCGUAUGAGGCCCAUAAGUUUAGUCUGAUCAAAAUUCAUACGUCAGCAAAAGACGCAAAAUUCAUAAAGCCGCUGGUUUUUUACUCGCUAUACACCUGCAUUGUAGGCGAUAAUGAGUAUGCUUCUAGAUGGAAGAAGCUGAGAAAAAAUGGGUUUUUCCCUUACCGUGAUGUGGGUGGGGAGGUGGAGAGAGCCAAUCAGUUGCUAGUGAAGAGGCUACCCCAUGUGGGAAAAAACAAGGAGCUGAUGCUACACCUGCAUUGCUUCAGUGUGACGUUCCAAUCGGCAUGCAGUCGAGUCGUAUAUGUAUCAUCUCCACUUCCCCGGCAUAUGCAAGAGACGCUGAACUUGUUGGGUGCGCCGUCACUAAGUCAGACGAUACAAACGCAGGUGGAGACGUCAAAUGAAUACUCCCGAAGGAUAAGUAAAGAAGUCAGUUCCGUUUCGCACGCGGAGGAAAGCGACGUUCCAGAGGACAGGUUGGCACAGAAUGGGAAGAAUUUCGAGAAAGACGAAGAUGAAGGUGAUGUGUUUUACGAUAUGAUGCAGGAUCAGGGAAGAAUGGAAAGAGAAAAUGAAGAACUGCUAAGUGCGAUAUACGGGCAGAAUGAGAGUAACGCCAGGGGGGAGGGGAAGAAGGGGAAACCUCGAUCCAGGCGGGGCGUGCUGGCCAAGGACGUCCACAAGUUGACUCCCGCCGAUGCGCCUAUCUUUUUCGCGGACACGCAGUGA